GCGGGGCUCGGGGCUCAGCCGGUGCUGCCGUGGCUCACAACAGGUCCAAACGUGACACGACGCGUCAGCAUCACACCGGCACCGCAGGCUGUCCCGGUCAGCAGCCGUGGUGGGUAUCUAUCUUGCCGCUGGUCCGAGCAGCCACGCCGUGGGAAGAGCCCUCUGGCCCUGCCAGCUGCCUGCCGGUGGCCCUGGAGUGCUGUGCCUGCUCCCAGCAUCCUCCCAGAGCAGCAGACCCUGCUCGAGUGACAGCGCUGGGCAUGCACGGCAGCACCCUGGGCAUGCCGCCGUGCUCUUUGCUCAUGGUGUUUGGUGCUGGCUGAUGGCUCUGGAUGGUUUUUAUCAGUGAAAAUACCCAUUUUACUGUUUAAUUCCUCUACUGAGCUACCAUUAGGGAGGUUGCAACUAACUGUUGUUUGGGAGUUGUGCGCGUGCAAGGAAGGAGGCUGUUGAGAAGUGUGCCUCAUAGUCUGCUAACCAAGAACUUGUGAGUCGGGGCUGAUUUGGGGAGUGUGUUUCAGGAGUACCUGCUUGUCCUCUCUUGCUCGGACUCGCUGGUGUUUGGCCCUGCGGUGUUGGUUCAGUCCAACAGCCCCUGCCUGGGCCUCGCACCUGCCCUAGGAGCUGUUGGAGCACAGGGCUUGGUCCUUGCGCUGUGGCGUAAAAACACCCUGCCGUGGCUUUGGAUGAAAUCAGGCACAACUGUUUUAAAAGUGCCCUAGGCCUGCUUUGCCUCCUGGAACAGGGAGAGGUAUUAUUCCUGGCACAGAAGAGUCUCUGGCUGUGUGAGAGAAUCAGAGCGUGGGUGGUAGCCUCCACACGGUCAACUUAGAGACACUUAGGGGAGUGUCUCUACCACUUUUAGGGGUAUUUUUCUUGCAGAGUGACUUGCAGAGGAGAUGCUCAAAUGCAUGAAAAAAGUAGAACAUUGACACAGUCUUGAGUCCUCUGUGUGCAGUUCCGUUGGGGUGCAGAGCAGGUGGAGACUGGUUCCCAAAGUCAGCUCUCCCUUGGUGCCUGCUGGAUGGUGGGGUGUCCUAGAGGGUUCUCUGAGGCGGCAGUGGCCUUUGGCACCCUCAGUCAUUUGGAUGGCCAGCACUCUUCCCUCUCUUCUCUUUGCUUCUCCUGUUCCUUUUGAGGCAGCUGCACCCACCUGUCCUGCAGGGGGUAUUCCCUGGAGCCCCUGGCUGUUUGCCUUCUCUCAGGACGCCUGCCACAAGGACCGUGUGUGGCUCUGGUCUUUUCAGAGGUUUUUAUGGGGCAGCGCUUGGAAAGCCGAUCACUCUCUGAGUCCAGUCUUGACAGCACCACAGGCCACUCACCUUGACCUGUCACUGCUCCUGAGGUGGUGUGGCAGGAGAAGAAAUUGUGGAUUUCUCCUGAGUAAUAGCGGGAAAAACGGUUGUGGAAGCAGGAGUGUCUUCAGCAGUGGAGCUGAUAGAAGGGGAGCAGCUCUCUUUCUAGGCCAGGCUCUGCUGUUCAGGCAGGCUGGGAGCAGGGCUGGGAUACGAGUGACAGCAGGAGGAAGAGCAUCAGGGCCAGGGAUUGAAUUAAGGCCGUGUUCCGCGGGUGUUGAGAGCAGAGCUUUGCUGUUUGCAGGCACUGCUGACGGUAAGCCAGCGCUGUUCUGUUUGUGGAUGGAGCUGGAGCCUAUCCAUCUCCUACCUGCCAGGUCCCUGGAGGUUUUGAAAAGCCUCUUGCUGGAGGGAAUCUGGUCCCAGUUGAUCCAGUUCAGCACUGCACGGUGCCAGCAGCAUGGGUCCUGCUGCAGGACUGUGUCAUUGUGUCAAGUGCUGUUCCCUUAUAGAGGUCAAUUACUUCUAAUAUGAAAUUAAUGUUUCUAAAUACUGUUAAGUUGCCUGAAACUGCUAUUAAAUUCAGUUUUUAAUUAAACUUUUUCUCAGCAGCAGAUUUGUGCACAUAAUUUACAAAUGUAAACAGUGGGCUUAGAUUGGAGAAAGGCAAAGAUCAGUAUUUUCAUUCUGGAAACUACUGCUUCUCCCCAAAACAAGGAAAGCAUCCCCCCAGCUUGUUCUGCUUAGAGGGUGGAACAUUCCUGAUCUCCCUUGAUGUAAUUGUAUUUAAGGGUGUAAAGUGUUUUCACAGGAUAAUUUUGGGCUUUCCCUCCAACAGUAAUAGCCACUGAGAGUAAUAUUUGUUUGAUAGGCAAAAGACUCUUUAUUCAGCAUGCUUUCAGAUCCAUGUGUUGUUUUGUUUGCUAUUUUUCCUCUUUUGGCAGCAAAUGUAACGGAGCAAAGGCACUUGCUGAUUCCUAAAUACUUCUCUGCAGGUACUAAAUGUAUUUUAGGACAAAGGAUGAUUCUUAUUUUUUUUGCUCAUUUUUACAUCUAUAGGUUUCUGUCUUGGAAGAGAGGAAAUUAUUUUCAAGGAAGCAUGUCUUAGAGUCCUUGUGGACAGGGGCCUUUGAAGGGAUGAUUUUUGGCAUGCUUUUUACCCUCAGCUGGUUUUCCUUGGUAGUGUUUUCUCUCUUUUUAAGUUGGUCUUCAGGAAAUGACCCAUAUCAUGGGACUCUGAAUGAUGCAGCUGCUGAAACUAAGGAAAAUGCUGUUCAAACAACUGGUUUGUGAUAAAUGGUUCAUCUUGUAGUUGCAGGUUGAGGAGAGAGCCUGGUAGAGAGCUUGUGCACAGAGAGGGGAGGUCAGGGGUGCUGACAGAGCAGGGCAAAGUUGUAGAAGGCUGAAGGGGUAGGAAGAGGUCUCUUAGGACUGGACUGAGUGGUGGAAGCAGAAGGGUUUGGUUCCUGGCUUGGGAACAGAACGGGAGCACCGUGGCAGAGCUGGUAGUUCUGGGUGUCUCUGCUGAGGAUGACUCUCCCGCUGGUCCUGUGCUCCUUUGCUGUUUGCUUUAACAAGCCUUCUCUUCCGAUUGCUCAGUGGGUUUUGUUCUCCUGCCCAAACAAAGCUGCUGCUUUCAUAACAGGGGCCGAUAUUGCAGCUUGUGCUUCCUCUUUCCCCUUUGUGAUGGGGUGACAAUGGUGACAAACAUCUAUUGUAUAAGCAGGGUUUCGGGCUUGUUUUUUUGCAGGGAGCUGUCCCGUCCUGCCUGCAAAGUUCCUGGGAGUGUCAGACAGGGAGGACAAGAGUGCCCUUUGUAUUGCAGCACUCGGAGGUGGUGGGGGUCGUCAGUGGGAAGGAUUUUGAUUUAAACUAAUUGGGCUUGAAAAAUUAUGUUCUUCUGCAAAUCCUCUGCCUUGUGUGGAGUGUGGGUCUUCUGUGGAUGAUGAGGCUCUUACUGUUUUGAGGCUUUCUCUGAGGCUCUUCAGUUGACCACCGAAGCAUGCCAAUGUUUUACAAGACCCUUUGCACACCAGAGCUGGGAUUGCAUUCUCGUCCUACAAGAAGGUGGCCUUGGCUGUGACCUGCAGCCUGUUCAGCAAAUACAGCCCAGUCACCAUAACUCAGUUGGGUUGGAUUGUCAGAAUUGGAUCUGAACCUGUUGGUAGAGCAGGGAUUACUGUGCCAGGUUAAAAGUGCUGCUUCCUUUUUGAUUUUUUUAUUUUUAAACUUCUGUUUGGUGUGAGAUUUCCAGGUAGCUGUUUGAAACUCAUUUCAAGGUGUUUUGGGAAUGCAUUUGGUGCAAAUUUCUCACUUUGGGACAAGCAAUGUGCCGGCUGUGUUGGGCACUCGUUUGGGAGUUAAUCACUAACUCACUCCUGAAUUCUGAAGGAGCUCCUGGAAGUGUUGACAUGGUCAGAUCUUUGCCUCCUGUUGAAGGUGCAGUGAGAGCAGCUCUCACUGGGGGCUGCUGGGGCAGUGUGGCUGUCGGGAGCCUUUGGUCCUGCUCACCGAGCUGUCAGCCCCAGGCCCUUCUGCUCACCAGAGCCCUUGUGCCUUGCUCAUGGGCCAGUGAUGUGUCAGAUGUGAUCUCCUGCAUUGGAUUUAAUUGUCUUGCUCUCUGCCUAGCACAGGAUCAGUUAUUUUAUUCUGGAUAGGGUCAAUUGCUUAUUCCUAAGAUAUUUCUGCAGAAACUGUCCUCCCUCUGCACACAGGGAUGGAAGAAAGGGACAUGAAAGAAUAAAAGUGAGACCCUUCACCCUUCCCUUCUGGUAGCUUGGCUCUUGGUUCCUGGUGCUUCAGUUUCUGUGUUGCUCUGAAGAGGCUUUGAGUGGGUUAGGUAAUAUGGGGUGUUGAAGUGCUUGUUGCAGUUCAGUCCAGGUGCUUCCAGUGGUGAGCACCUGGACUGAACUGAGGAGAUUUGUCCCAGGGCUGCUCUGGGAGUUGGCAUUGAAACGCUCCUUGAAACAAAAAGCAAGUUACAAAUUUUCUACAUCAUUUUUCUGAUGGCUCUUGAUGUCACAGAAAUGUGGUUCACUGGGAUCACAAAGGUCUGGCAGUCCUGCCACAUUACACCUUUUUUUAUUUUUAAAUGUUCAUUAUCAAUAAGAUGUAAGUCUGUUAUUGCAUGUGUGAUUUGUUUUGUUUUGCUUAUUUUCUUGCCUAUUUUUCCUUACAAUUGCUUUAGUCUCUUUCUACACACAUACUCCUAAACCCCUUGGGAAGGGUUUCCUGCAGCAGAUCUGCUUGCCUUAAGGCAGCUGUCUGACUUACCUGUGAAAUCCAAAUGCUUUCUGGGAAUUUCUGUGUAAUGCUUCAAACUUUGAUCCGAGUGAGUGCAGCACGAGGCUGGGGAGGCGAGGCUGAGCAGCAGAGUCCAGAGGUCGGAUGUGCUUUGCCGAGGGGGUUCUGCUAGAGGGGGCAGCAGAAAUGUGCUGUGGGUGCUCCUUUCCAGAGCAGAGGGUUGGCUGAGGCAGGAGAAGAGACCCCAGCGUGGAACAGCUCUGCUGCUCCACUGGCGGGUGGCCAUGGGGGUUGGCAGGACCCUCUGUGAGGCUGGAGGGCAAAUGUACAUCAUUGCCAAAAUGUGUUCUCUGUCUUCUGAGCUUCCAGGUUUUUAUUUCCAUGCUGCUUGUGCAAAGUGACGCACGGUGAAAGUGUGAGAACUGUGUGGUGCCUGGCAGCCCGUGGAAGCUGUGAGGGGGAUGCAUGUUCCCAGGCAGCUUAAUUGGAUCUGUGCUGCCCUGUGCUUUGUACAUGGCCACACUUCAGUGGAGUGAACUCAUUCUCCCUGCCGUUUGAGCAAAGCACUGCUAAUGAACUUGUUUGCAUACGGCUGUGUCACUGAAGUGAAUGUUUGUCAUGAUGUGCAAGGGGAGGCUUCUCAGAGUGGUAAUGAUGGGAUCCCCCCAUCCCAGUUUCUGUGUCCAACUUGGGACCUGAAGCAGAGCCUGGAGAGAGCAGGAGAGGUGCAGGUGUGCAGCUGGAGGACGAGCUCCUUGGGCUGCUGAGCCCAGCCUUCCUGUCUGCCCUCGGUGCCAGCAUAUACUGAUAGUCCUUCACUGGGCUGCUUCACAUUUGUGGCAUUCUCCUGCUCCUCAGUCUGUUUUUCUUUUCAAUCCCACCAGUUGCUCUACUAGUGUAGCAGGAAAACAAGUUCUUGCUGAACAAUUUGGGAUUUCUGCUCUUUGUAAGGGUGAAGUCCCCUGGCAGCCAGCACUGGCUCCUGGCAGUGCCUCCUGGCAGCAAGAGCUGCCCUCCUGGGAAGGGCCUGGAGAGCAGUGUGCCAGCUGGGGAAUGCAGCACCCACAUCCUGCCUCUGUGGCCGUGCACCCUCGGCAGCCCUGGACAGCAUCAUCUGGGCAAACUUCCCUCUCUCCUUAUGCACUGAAGGAAGGUGCUUAAUGAGGAUCAACAGGCUCAGCACGGAAGGGUGAGAGCAGCUGCUGGCAUGAGAGGAGUUAGGCAGGGGCUGGUGCGGUGAUGCUUCUUGUCUGGGCUUGUUAAACGUGGUGGAGAGUCCCUCUGGUGCUGCUGUGCUGCUCCUGUAGUGCUCCUCGUGGCUUUGCUUCCUGAAGUAUUCUCAUAAGGGCUGUGCUUGUUCCCCUCUGCAUUGCGCAGGGCAGGACUGUGACAUGGAGCUGCCACGUCCCCUGGGGCUCUGCCUCCAGAGCCCUGGUGCCUCUGGCUGCCCAGAGGACAAGGGUGGAGUGUUUUAUUCUGCCCUGGCCGCUGUGACAGACCUCCUGUCAUCAAAGCUCCCUUUUCCCUGUUUGAUGCCUGUGCUAAGACCAAGUCCACAGUGAUCUCUUCUGCCCCAGAAUGGAGGAGCUCCCUUCCUGAGCCCUGGGGCCUGAACCAUGCUGCUGGUUGGGUACUGGUCUCCCCAGAAAAGAACAUCUCCAGAGAGGGGAAAGAGCUGUCUGUGUGUGAGCAGAGCAAUUCAGAACAUCGUGUCCAAGAACGCGAUGCAGUACCGCGGCAACGCCCAGCACGAUGCCCAGGAGUUCCUGCUUUGGCUGCUCGACAGAGUCCACGAGGAUUUGAACAACGUGGUGAAUUCCACUGGCAUGCCUCCCCUCAAGCCACCACUGGAGGAUGAUGUGCUGCUUGAGGGCCCAGCCUUUCCCAUCAGUAGCACUUUUGUGCAGGAACUCUUUCAAGCCCAGUACAGGUCCUCCCUGACGUGCCCUCAUUGCCAGAAGCAGAGCAACACCUUUGACCCCUUCCUGUGCAUCUCGCUGCCGAUCCCCCUGCCGCACACUCGGCCCCUCUAUGUCACCGUGGUGUACCAGGGCAAGUGCUCGCACUGCAUGCGCAUCGGGGUGGCCGUGCCCAUCUCCGGAACCGUGGCCAGGCUGCGGGAGGCUGUCUCCUCGGAAACCAAGAUACCCACGGAGCAGAUCGUGCUGACAGAGAUGUACUACGACGGGUUCCAUCGCUCCUUCUGCGACACCGACGACUUGGACGCCAUCCACGAGAGCGACUGCAUUUUUGCCUUUGAGACCCCAGAGAUCUUCAGGCCUGAGGGCAUCCUCAGUCAGAGAGGAAUACAUGUGAACAAUAACCUGAAUAACUUGAAAUGUGGCACUGAGCACUCCCGAACAAUAGCUUACUCUCAAGGAAUGGUGAAGUCUGGAAAACUGGAACAGUCCUGUCCCAAACUAGCAGCAAAUGACAAGAUUGUCUUGCUGGUGUGUAACAGAGCGUGCACUGGACAGCAGAGCAAAAGGUUUGGUUUGCCCUUUGUGUUGCACUUGGAAAAAACAAUUGCUUGGGAUAUUCUGCAGAAGGAAAUACUGGAGAAGAUGCAGUAUUUCCUGCGGCCUGCAGCCUGCUUGCAGGUUUGCCCGUUCAGCUUGCGAGUGGUCAGCGUUGUGGGCAUAACAUACUUGCUACCUCAGGAGGAGCGACCCCUCUGCCACCCAACAGUGGAAAGGGCAUUGAAGUCAUGCGGACAGGGGGGAACUGCUCAUGUGAAAUUAGUGGUAGAAUGGGACAAAGAAACUAAAGAUUACUUGUUUGUGAAUACAGAAGAGGAAUAUAUUCCAGACUCUGAAAGCGUCCGCCAGCAGAGAGAGCUUCAUCACCAACCUCAGAUCUGCACUUUAUCUCAGUGUUUCCAACUGUACACCAAAGAGGAACAGCUUGCCCCAGACGAUGCAUGGCGAUGCCCACACUGUAAGCAGCUGCAGCAGGGAAGCAUCACACUGAGCCUCUGGACCUUACCUGAUGUUCUCAUCAUACAUCUCAAAAGGUUUAGGCAGGAGGGAGACCGGAGGAUGAAACUUCAGAACAUGGUUAAAUUUCCCUUGAGUGGCUUGGACAUGACUCCUCACGUUGUGAAACGCAGCCAGAGCAGCUGGAGCUUGCCAUCACACUGGUCACCUUGGAGGAAACCUUAUGGCCUGGGCAGAGAUCCUGAGGACUACAUCUAUGACCUGUAUGCUGUCUGCAACCACCAUGGCACCAUGCAAGGGGGACAUUAUACAGCAUAUUGCAAGAAUUCUGUUGAUGGCCAGUGGUACUGCUUCGAUGACAGUGAAGUUCAGCAGCUUUCUGAAAGUGAAGUCUGCAAGCAGACCGCUUAUAUCUUGUUCUACCAGCGCCGCACAGCCAUCCCCUCGUGGUCUGCCAACAGCUCAGUGGCAGGCUCCACCAGCUCGUCGCUGUGCGAGCACUGGGUCAGCCGGCUCCCGGGCAGCAAGCAGCCCAGCAUCGCCUCGGCCGCCUCCUCGCGCCGCACCUCGCUCGCCUCGCUCUCCGAGUCCGUGGAGCUCACCGGGGAACGCAGCGAAGAUGAUGGAGGAUUUUCAACUCGACCAUUUGUAAGGAGUGUCCAACGUCAGAGCUUGUCAUCCAGAUCCUCUGUCACCAGCCCACUGGCAGUGAGUGAAAAUGGUGUCAGGCCCUCGUGGUCACUCUCUGCAAAACUGCAGUUCCGCUCCAACUCCCCAUCACGCUUCUCUGGAGAUUCCCCAGUACAUACCUCUGCUUCCACUCUGGAGAAGAUUGGGGAAGCUGCUGACGAUAAAGUUUCCACCUCGUGCUUUGGCAGCCUGAGGAAUCUCUCUAGCAGCUACUUGGAGCCCUGUGACAGCAGUCGGCGAGAGCACAGGACAGCUCGCAGAGCCCCUCUGGCUGUCAUGGAAGGGGCGUUCAGGGAAGAGUCUGUUGUAAGGACAUCGAGCUCAGACCUUUCAGAUGGGUAUGGUAAAAGCUCUGUGCAGCCAGACAGGAAUCACCCUGCUCUGGACCCUUUUGAUAACAACAAUCAAAUCGCCUUUGUUGACCAGAGCGAUUCUGUGGACAGCUCCCCAGUGAAGGAGGUGAAAGCCCCAGCUGGGACGGGGCUGGCUGCAGAGAAGGCACGUGACACCCCUAAGAAGGGUCACGGCUCCAAAGGAGCUUCUGAGCCAGACAAAAGUUUGAGGAAGGGAAGGACAGUCUUAGCUACCCAAGAGACCAAAGUCUCUCACUCUUCUCCUCCACUGAAGAGUUCUCAGAAAGCUUCCCGGUCUAGAAGUAAGGCAGACUCCUCGAGGGGCAGCGGGCGACACGGGUCUCCUGCUCCCACGCAGGCCAGGAAGGAGCACAGCACAAAGCCCCUGGAGGCAUCUGUCCCUUCAGCUCCACAGAAGCAGAAGUCAGGUUCUUCUCCCUCCUCCACGGCUGCCAAGAAAACCCCAUCAGGCUCAUUGACUAAGGGCUCUUCCUCUGGGAAGAGCCGGACUUCGGACCGCAGCCUCAGCAGGGAGGGCUCCAAGGUCAGCCUGGGCUCGGAUAAAACGAGUGUUACCAGCGGCUCCAGGACGAGCUCCCCACGCAUCAGCCACUCCAGGAGUGACAGCAGGGCAGUGGACAGCAGGCACGUGCGCAGCUCCUCCAUGGCCAACCUGCGCUCCCCGAGCGCUGCCCCGCGAUCGGGGCUGAAGAGGGACAGCAAGUCAGAAGAGAAGGGUUUGUCUUUCUUUAAAUCAGCCUUAAGGCAGAAGGAGACACGGAGGUCGGCAGACCUGGGGAAGACAACGAUGCUUUCAAAAAAGACAGGGAGUGUCAGUUCCAAGUCAGGCAGUAAAAAUGUGCUGGAGGACAAACCGGAGAAAGGUGGUGUCCCACCAGCCUCUCAAACCAAUGCCAACAUUGCUACAAAAGAAAAACUUGUCUCUAAAGAGGCCACAUCUAACAAACAUUCUCUGCUAUCCAGUCGCAAGUCCAAGUCUUCCCAGCUAGAUCCCGGAGUCCAGUCUCCUCCUUCCAGUGGCAAGCAGUCUGCUGACAAGCCGCUGAAAAAAUUACCUUCCAGCAUGCAGGUGUCUGUACGGCCUUCUCUGGAACCUCAGUGAAAUGCUGCAAUCCAGGUGUCUUUUCUUCUGCUGAGAAGCUAAUUUAUUCUGAGCUCUUGUUUUUUGUUCAUGUGCCUAAUGUAUGUUUUGAGGAGAAGUUAACUGCAAGUUGUUAAAGCGCCUUUGAUUCUGCCAUCAAACCAAAUAGCCACAGGCAGCCAGCACUGGUGCAAGUAGCCUAGCUGGAGUCAUUGUUGAACAUGAAUGCAGCUGUCCCAUAGCACUUGUACAGGAGUCUCUGUCGAAAGUGCAACAACUUUCUUCAGAUUUGAGGGUUGGGACCUGGCCCCCAGUUGUACUGACGCCGGUGUGCUUUGUAGAGCUGUGAACUGAUAUUCCUUUGGUCUUGUUCUGAGUGGGCUGUGUCCACACUGGUGUAUGGCCUUGUUCUGAGCUGUGGAGGAUGCGAAGGAAACUGGAGAGACUGUUGCUUCUUUCUGCUCUCAACUCUCUGUCCCUGCUCCCCUCCAUUUCCAAGCUUUCUAAAGGGCAAUAUUUCAACACUAAUGUUGUUUCUCAGGUAUAUACUCAGCCAGUAUAGGAGGGACUAGCAUUAGUGACGGACAGAAAGGUACCUGUGUGUCUCUGUGCACGUCUGUGUGAUAGAUUUCCUUUUUGCAUUCCAACAGCAGGAAGUUUGAAAUGUAACCUGCAGUUUUUGUUGCUGUGUCUGUGAAGAGUUUUGCUUUGUCCAUACCUAAGGCAACCUCUAGCCUGUCCUGUUUCACUACUUUCUUCUGAAAUGCUCUACUAAACAAUAGAAGAAAUCCCUGGGCAGCAGCUGCUGGCCAGCUCGUGCUGUGGAAGCAGUGCCAUGGGAGAGUUCUGUCCUCACACCUGGAUGGCCAUGAUGCUGUCAGGAUGCCCCUGUCCAAACUCCUGGGAAGCACUUCCUAAUGUGCUCAGACCCUUAUCAGUGGUGUAAUUAAGCCUCCAUUAUCUCUGGGGGUGAUGUUUAGAUCAAGGGUCAUCCUGCCCUCUCUGAGCAUGCUUUGACAGGCCCCUUGGUGUGGGUUGGAGGGGCAUUUUUCCUGUUCCCCAGAGUGCUGUACAUUCUUCCCUCUGGCAUGCUCGUCCUCUCCCCAAGGGUCUGGCUGCCACAUGUCCCUCAGUGGAAGGUUCCCCUUCUUGUUUGGAUGACAGCCUCCACCAGGGUCAAACACUACAUCUACUGAUGUCUUUGUUUACAUGCCCUUCUUACAGGGGAGAUUCCUCAAGUUCUGUAAGGUUCCUCUUAAGGUGGAUUUCUUAGUCAUUUUACAUAUAUGUGGUGUAAUCCUUUUUUUUAAAUUCCAUGAGUUUUUAUUGAUGUGCUGCAUAUCCUUUAUGUCCACAGCCUGUUGUGUAGUUGUGUCAAGCUGGGCAGUGUGCUGGGAGCUCUCUCUGCUGAGCGAGGUCUGUGCUGUCCAGCCCGCUGGCAGAGCUUGGGGCCAGGGACGUGUGUGCUCUGUCCCAUCAGCAUAACAGACUGGCCUCUGCCACCUCCCUUGCUGAGGUCCUGCUUGCCCUGCAGGCAGCCUUGCCCCAGGACACCUUGCUGCUCUAUGACCCAUUUUCUGCUCACCACACACCUGCAGCAGGCUUGGGAGGGAAGGGUUGGGGGUCGCUGGCUCCUGAGUGUGUGGGGCUGGGCUGGGAGUGCCAUCGAGCUGGGGUCAGUGUGUGGGGAUGAGCCCACCUGCCGUGGAGCCCUUGCAGUGUCCUGGUGAUGUCCUGCAUCCCCUUCACGUGCUCCAGCAGUGCCCACAGCCUGCAGGUGUAAUGCCCUGCCUGUUCCAACCCAGACAUGACUGCCCCUCAUGCAUUCCUUUGCCCAGGCAUUGUUUCAGUCUCAUUUAUUGCAGCAACAAGAAGCAAAGAUUGCAUUGCUUGCUUCUGAAAUGUAUGACUUGGAUUAUUCAUGGAUUAUUUUCUGUUACAUCCAGCAGAGCAGAUAAGACUUGCUUCACAUUGCAGUACUUAAAUUACUCCCUGAAAUGUUGAUGUUGAAGUAUUUGUUUAAGGUUUUAUCUGUAUUAAGGUCUUACACUGUCUUGGCUCUUCUCUUGUAACAACUCUUCUAGCAAGAAUGUAAUUCCAGUGGCUUACGCUGGCUUGGUUUGGGAUCCUUUAAUAGACAGAACUACUUUCUGUGCAUUUUGCCAUGGACAUUUGUGAAAGGUUAUUUUUAUCAAAUGACAUUUUUUUUCAUGUCAUCAUUCACUGAAGGAGUUUAAACUGGAAGCUGGUGUGUGGGUUUUGAGGUGGUUUUGCUCCUGUGCUGCAUGCCUGACAGACGGGAAUUUGAAGCCAUGUCCAAACCCAUGUUUUAGCUGAACACCAGUUCAACGUUUGUAUCUAGAGCAAGAUAAUGGUCCUUGGAGCUCUCGUUUGGGUAGAAGGGAGAUGGAGGUCCUGGUAUUCCAGCAGCUGAUAAAAGCAAUUGAACCUCUGCAAUCCCAUGAGAUGCCAAUCUCUCUUUCUGCACAUUCUCCAUAAUUCCUGAUGCUAAUUGCUGCCAGCUCCAGCACUCUCUGCUCUCUUUAUGCAGCCAAACUGGAUUUUCUGUCCCUCUGGAAGGGCAGCUCUGUGCACAGGCUCCUUGCUCUGCAGAGGAGUGUGAGCAGGCAGGAGGGGCUGCCCUGACAGCACCCUUGUCUCUGAGCGGGUGGGUGCUGCCCCUCUCUGGUGGGUUUUCCGCUCAGGGGGGCUUGGCUUGGGGUGUCCUCAAAGUGGUUUGACUUACCAGGGUGCACCAGAGUUCGUGUGGGACAUAAGACAUGCACUGGGCAGAACGUGGAAGCGUGAGCCUGUGGGGAGUGCAGUCCUGCUCGUGCCUGUGUCUGUGCCAGAGCCCUUGGGAGCAGCCACUCCUGUCACUCCACACCUCUGCUGUCGGUGUCACACGUCUUCUGCAGUAAAUGAGCUUCCUUGCACAGGAGAGAGUAGAAGGGUGUGGGUCUGGGGGUGUUAAUCAAAGCCUUGUUGCUGUUACAGUCCUGACUCCAUCAGUGAAGUAGGAUAAAUGUUUCUGAAAUGGAGUGUAGGUUAUUGCAGGCCCUACUUAAAGGGAUUUGGGGAAAAAUCAUCAGUCUUCUCUCCUUGCUUUAAAGCAGACUUCUCUCUUGUCCCUUUCAUGUGUAGGAGCUCCUGUCCAUGGUAUUGUGUUGUCCAGCUGCCAGGAUGUGCCAUGGUACCAGGGAACACUCGAGAGAGGGAUCUGCCAAGUCCUAGAUGCCAACACCACCGUGGCUUUGCAAAUGGAUCCUUCAAGCAGCAGUGGCUUGAGGCUAUUCUGGAGCAGCUGCGUGUACAUGGUCAUGUCUUAACGUUCCUGUUGGCCAUCAGAAGCACUCAUGGCUGAGUGGGGGAGGUGGGCUCUGCCAUCUCCCAGAGGCUGCUGCUGCCCAGGGACCUCUGCCUCCCCUGGGUGGUGGCAUGUAGGGCCUGGAAGUCUCACUGGCAUCUGAGUGCGAUGGGAGCAGCUGCUGCCAGGUCUGUCCUGCCCAGCCUGUCUGGGGGUGGCAGGGUCUGGCACCUCCUGCCAAGGUCUUGGAAGUGAAGGUGUGCCUCACGGUGAUGGGAAAUGCCUGGGAAGGGGAGGCCCAGCCGUGGCCCUGCUCCCAGACAGGUGAGCUCCCAGGCAAAGCAGGCAGUGUGUUUCCAGCUGGCUUUGGGUUGGUUUGCCUGUGCCAGCGUGUGACCUGCAUUUCACCCACCUCCCCAGCCUGCCACUCGCUCCUGCUCCUGGAAUUGGCCCCUGGGCGCAGGAGAGCAGCGCCUUCAUUCCAGUGCUCAAUUCCUACAGGAGUCACCUAGAGACUUUUUUUUACCCUUUUUGGGCUGUGUCUUUUGGACAGUGUUUAGUAGUAUUCAAGUUAUAAGCACAUUUUCAAUGACGCGUAUUGAAGAGGCACCUUUUAUUUGUAUUAAUCACAUUUGAUAGACAAUUUGGUGCCUGCAGUUCUCUGUAACUUGUGUCUCACUUUGGGUGUGUAAAUUGUUAACCCUUUCACACUUAUCAAAUACGGAUUAAUAAAAACAAGAUGCUUAGGAUAGAAAGCUAGCAGCUUAAUUGCACUUCUCCCGCUGCAAGUGCCCUCAUCCGCCGUCGCUGCAGGGGUUUUGCUUUCUGAAGCUGACACUUGAGCAUGCCCAGCCAUUUUCCUCGGUGUGAGGCAGCUUGCAUGGCCGUGCUGUCCCCCUGCAUGUCCCUACUAACUAUGCAAGCCUCUAGCCCAGCUGUGGCUCUGGAGCAGUGCUUGGAGCCCGUGCUGGCCUCGGGGCAGCUGCUGCUGGCACACAGGAGCAUGUCCCUGGGUUCUGCUUCCUUUGCACAUCUCUGGCUCUUUCCUUUGCAGGAUUCUGCGUUACUGACAAGGCUGCAGCGUAACCUAAGGUUAGAGGGAUUGGAGCAGGGAGAUGAGAACAAACUGAUUUCUGUUUUGUGUUGUUUUUCCUUUUGUUAGCAGGGCACCCUGCUCGGGGUUCUGUGUGCAGCCUGCUGUUGCAUGCAGUGUGAGGGACUGUGAGCAGGGCUGGGGUGCUGCCCAGGGCUGUGCGGGCACACGGGGCUGCUGUGAGUGUCCUCCUCAGGGGAGCUGUUCCCUGCUGGCCUCCUGCUGCCCAGACUGCCCCUGGGGCUUUGCCCUGCCCUUCUGGGGGAGCCCCUGGGCUGCCUGGCCGUGCUCAGAGUGCUGUGGUGCUGGGGUGUCCUGCGGGGCAGCCCUGCGUGCUGCAUGGCCAGGACGGCUGGCCUGGGCUUCCUGCAGGUCCCAGGGCUCCUCCUGGGUCUUGGCCCUGCAGCUUUGGUGCCCUCCCCUUGGUCAGCUGGCAUGGAGAGGCUGUGGAAACAACAUUCCAAAUAAUUUCACUGUUGGGUGUUCGGUUUUUUUUUUUUGUUUUUUUUUUUUUUAAUUUUAGUUUGGUUUGGGUUUUCUUUAAAUCUUUGUAAUUUGCCUACUAAUCCAAAAGAAUUUGGCAGUAUCUAAUGAUACCUGUGGAGGGAACUGAAAUUUAGUUUUAAUCUGUGGUGAGAUGAAAGUCCUACAUGGUUUUCUCAACAAAAGCAUUGUAAAGCAGUUACUGUUAAGAGCUUUAUUUUGUAAAAGAAAAGCACCUGAAGACUUGUACAAUGUCUGUGUUAGAUCUAAAGGCUUAGGGACUCUAUUUUUUAAGAGGUGAUAGCACUCAAUUUAUCUGCAAAUAGUGUUUUUUAAAAGACACAGAUUAAAACUAAGUGUAACCACCAGUCAUGGCUCACUCAGCCCUGCAGUGCACGCGUGCUGGCCUCAGGCUCGUGUGCCAUUUGUGAGUGCAGUAACCCUUGGGAGGUGCUGCACUGCCGUGGGUAGAGUAACACAAGGGAAUCCAGGCCACCGGUGGCUCUUUACUGUCCUGUGGCCUUCCAAGUAUGAAUUUGUACAGAUCUGCUCACCACCUGUGCCUCACCAUUGGUUAAAAUUGAAUUUUAAGUCCUGUUGCAAAUGCAAUUUCUCUUCUGGACACAAUGUCAGAUUUUACACUGGAAUAUCUACAGUUCUCAAACUGCAUGUCACAUCACUGUACCUGGUACAGGGACGUGGGGCUUUCCCACACCUUUGAUAUUCUCCUCUGUAUUUUAAUGUUUUUGACCUGUACAGUAAUUGGAAAGCAGGCUGUUUACUUGGGGUUGAACAUUGUACCAUAAAUUUUAAAUUAUUUGAGGACAACUGCAUGAGACUGUGUCAAUGCCUUUUAUUAUUUAUUUGUAUGUUUUAUUAUUCGAGGUGUAUGCACUUUUAAUAUGCAGAAUUUAUAUUUUUAUGUUAAAAAUCAUUUUCUUUCAGAAAGAAGAGUUUGAAUAUGAGGAAUUGGAAUUAAGUGCAAAAAGGGGAAUAUGUAAUAAAAUACAAUAAAUUUAUUACUAGGCA